AUGGAUGGAAGUCGCACGGGCGGUGUUCCAAAUAUUCAGGGGUAUCAGCAGAAAGCUGCACACUGGAAAGGCCAGCAACGAAGGGGUGGCCAUUAUCCCAAAUUAGGAGGACGGACCCCUCAAAAGAUCAUGCCACUUCAACACAUUGGAGAUAAAAUGUUCAAAUUAGUUCCUGUUCAGAGGGAGCAUAUAUGCAGAGGCUCCCCAUAUAAUAUAUGUGCCGCACCGGUGCUCGGUCCCGAUCUCGGCCUCGAGAUCGUCGGAUACGAUAGAGUACCGGGGGAUACGUGGUAUCCCGAGGUGCAGUGGCCUGCGGACCAUUGCAUCUGA